GCACGAACGAGUUCAAUCAGGCACGGAUUCGAGAGGUCCUUGGGACAGACAUGUUUUCUCGAGAAUCCAAGCCUCAUGUCACUCCAAGCUCUUGCCAUAUAUCUCCAAGUAGUUCGCGCGUACAAUGCAGGCCGAUCAAUAUGGAUCUUGAAUGGACUCGUUAUCCGCGCCGCACAGUCAAUCGGGAUACACCGAAAUGGAGACGCCUUGGGGCUUUCCCCGUUUGAAUCCGAGAUGCGGCGUCGACUGUGGUGCACCAUCGUUUGCAACGACUCGCGCUCAGCUGAGGACCACGGUAUCUCCUUGAAUGGCCUCGGCACGUCUGUAGAUAUGGCGUUUCCCUCCAAUCGGAGUGACCAUGAAAUUUGGCCAAAUAUAGCUGAGCUGCCACGGGAACGGUACCAGUGGACUGAGAUGACAAACGCCGUCGUCAUUAUGAAGAUGAGCUAUCACCUCAAGCGGCUGUACCAAAUCCUAGCAGCCUCUGGGGCACUCAGCAACCUUUUGAACGAAUCGAUACGAAGAGAUGUCGUCGAUAAAGCCACGGCAGAUGUGCUGCAAUACCUCCAGCAUUGUAAUUCAGUCAUUCCAGCGCAACGGGCCACGCUAUUUUCUUGUCGGGCCUUCCUCCGCAAGCUCAACUUUAUCAGCCGGCAGUACCGGGAAUCUCACGCCACGGACGAAAACCUCAUCGACGCAUGCGAGAUCCUCGGGCUCAACGUUCAAUUCAGGUCCGACGACCUUCUGAAGCAGUUUCGGUGGGUCUGUGAGGCUUAUCCGCCGUACCACAUGCUCUUGUACGUACUAUGGCAUCUUUGCCUAAAGAGCUCGGGGCCUAGCGUGGAACUAGCGUGGAACGCCGUCAACCUCGCUUUCAAG